AACCAUUAAUUAUUAUAACUCAUUACAUAAUUCCUUUCCUCCAAAGCUUCCUCCACCUCCAUUAAUGGCGGAGCCUUACCAGAAGCGUCCCAGGGAUGAAUCGGAAGGAGUGAAUCACUUUUCCGACUCGAAGCGCCAAAACUCGGUCUCGGAGGGAGAACUUCUGCAGGAGGAGGAACUCUCGUCGCCGUCGUCGUCAUCCGCCGUGUUCCAGCAGCAGGAUCUCUCCGCCGCCUUCGAUUUCGACUUUCUGCCGGCGGAGGAGGUCGAGGAGAUCCCCGGAGGCGCCACCGCGGCGGCGUGCAGCUCGUCCGACGAAGACGACGGCGUGAAUUCGGUCAUGAGGCAUCUCCUGGAGGCCUCCGAUGAUGAAUUAGGGCUUCCGAAUUGCACCGACGACGAGGCUUUAAACACUGCUGACGUGAGCUGUUCGGAGAAUUUUCCGAUCGAUUUUGGCAACGACGGCCUGUGGGAAUUCGAGGACGUCGCCGCCGGUUACUAUACCAUGCUGCAGUCGGAGCUUUUUAUGUAGCGUUCUUUUGGGGGUAUAAAUGAGAGUUAAGGAAAGUUUGAGGACUGAAGGGGAAAAUAUGGACUUAUUAUUGUGAUUUAUGUUUUGGUCCCCAUCUAUCUGUUGAAAUAUGCAUUAUUACCCCCUUUAGGUUA